GUAAACAUUUUAAAGAAAACAUAGAUCAUAAAUGGAAACUUUCCUCAACAGGCCAAAGUUGGCUGUUUGGUCGUGACUCGUGACCGUGAUCCCAUUACUGUUUUUCGUGUCCUUGACGGAAGCUCCAUCAUGAUAUAUCCAUUCCCAGUUCCACGAUCUUGUUGAACAUUACUCCACUAUCGCUAAAACAACCGAACAAUGUUAUCAUUUCCCAUUUUCUUCUGAAAUCGAUACAACACGGAAGGGAUCCAUCAUCUAUGUCAACAAGCGUGGAGGGUCCUGAGGGUCAAAUAUACGUGGAGGAUCUGAAUUUCAACUGCAAUGAAUACGACACGUUUGUUGUCGUUUCAUCGGUUUUGUUUGUUUUGUAUCUCGCUGUGAAAGCCAGGAAGAAUAUCAACAGCCUCUAUAAUGGAGGUUCUUGUAUUAUCAUUUCCUAUUAUGCCCUUCUCUGGUUUGUUACCCUUUUAAACCUUGCUCGGUCUGUUCUUCAGGUAUGGCAGUGCACUCCUGGAAAGGAGGUUGCUUGGAAUAUGUUGUCGUUGUUUACAGCAUCAGGUAUGUUGUAUCUAGAGAUAAGCUUGAUGGCUUUCUUGCUAAACAAUGUCUACAUCAAUGCCAUGGAAACUCUAGCGCACACUUCCACUGUAUCAGGAGUUAUUGUCUGUGUGGAUACCCUUCUUAAGGCAAUAUAUGUUUUCGGAUUUGGUGUUCCGUUGUUCAAUCGAACCGUUGGAAGCACUCAUACGAUCAUGUGGGGUUUGUGGAUAAUACACAAGUUAUUGCUUGCUGCAGCAUAUGGCUUCAUUUUAUUUGUACAAUUCUCUAAAUGGAGAGAAAAACUGCCCCCCAGGCCAACUUUCUACAACUACGUUGUCGUAAUGUUUAUAUUCAAUGCAAUUACUCUCUUUGCUUGUGGGCUGGCAGGAAUCGGUUCCGGCCUUGGCAAUUGGUUGUAUGAUUUUACUGUGCUUUGUUAUCACGCUCUAUAUCUUCCGUUUCUUUAUGUGACUUUUCUGGCCGAUUUUUUCCGAGAGGAAGACUUCCUUUUGGAUAAUGCGUAUUAUUCUGAGAUGAAAGAUGCUGGAUUCUUUGAUGCUGACUGGGAAUAACUCCCAAACAAUUUGUACAUGGAAGGGACGACAGACACAUUUAGUUCUAUGCACUGUAAAUAUCGAUACUUCGUAAAUUUCUAACUAAGUCAAAAUUAAAUGAAACUAUGUUCCAUGAACAUGUUACUGAAAUGUUGAAACUCUGACCCUACUGUGAAACACUACUAAAGAAACAAUGAAUUACUUGCAAGAAAAAGUGUUAAACAAACACUUUUUCUACACUCUUUAUUUA